AUGCCGCUGCAUCUGCUGACUGUGACCCUGGCAACGUCAACAUUGGUAGCUGGAGACUGUAUCGUGUACUGGCAAAAUCGCCCAAGACUAGCUCCUAGUAGCGCAAAGGCAAAGCUGAUUGAUGCUACAAGCCAAACAUUGGCUGACAUCUACUCGCAGCUUGUGCCGUCCAAUCGCAUUGUGCUACAUGGCAUAGACUUGCUUUUACCGCUGAAACUCGCUUCUGCCCAACAGAUUGUCACUGCAGUACGAGCACUCUCUGCAACGAAGCACAUUACUGUCAUCAUCAACGCAGAUGAUGCACUGAGACAGACUGAUCAUGCAUUCCUGCUACAAACACUUUUGCAUGCUGCUCAUCAAAUCACAAACCUCCGUGCUCUUCCUUCUGGACGAGAUCGCGAGUUUGCCGGUAUGGCUCGCACAGCUGCCGGGGCCAUGCACUAUGAAUCAGGCUUGCCCGAUAUCAAACACGGUGAGAGGCUGUUUCGGUAUGGCGAAGACUUGACGUCGAAUUGA